AUGCAGAGGCAACCGACUAUUAAAGGGAAGACACGACUGAGCAGGUUUGCACGGUGUUCUUAUAUGUUAAGACUGGAUAAGACCGUAAGGCAGCUUAGCUAUUUCAAAACUGCACUAUCAACUACUCGACAAACCAGAAAAAUGCAUAUCAAACCGAUUAAGAUGAGAUGGUUGACCGGAGGUGUGAACUACAGCUAUUUGCUAUCAACUGACGACAGGACUAAAUCAUGGCUCAUUGAUCCUGCGGAGCCAGCAGAGGUGUUCUCCGCAUUGAAAACAGAGGAGCUAAUGAGCGUGAAAGCUGUGGUUAACACGCACCACCAUUACGACCAUUCUGGGGGAAAUGGAGCAGUUGUUAGCAGACUGACCGAAUUGGAGAACGCCGAUGUACAGGUUAUCAGUGGAAGCCACAACUCACCUGGCACUACGCAGAUUCCAAAGCAUCUGCAGGAAUACACAUUGGGAGACCUGAAAAUAAGGUGUAUCCGCACGCCAUGCCACACGCAAGACUCGGUGUGCUAUUAUGUGAGUGAUUCGAGUUCUCGUCAAAAGGCCAUUUUCACAGGUGACACUCUAUUUACCGCAGGCUGUGGUCGCUUUUUCGAAGGUUCAGGCGAAGAAAUGGACGUUGCAUUGAACCGGAGAAUUCUGGACGGUGUUGGGGAGUCCAACUGGAGUUGUACCAACGUAUACCCUGGUCACGAAUACACUCAAAGCAACGUCAAAUUCGUGCGUCACGCGGUUUACAAGAGAACGGGCGAGAACGCAGCUCUUGACAAGCUGGAAAAAUACUGCGACGAAAAUGAGGUUACCACGGGUGUUUUCACGUUGCAAGACGAGCUUGAGUUUAAUCCCUUUAUGCGUCUAGAUGAUCCAACCGUGAGAGACGCGGUGGGAGAUUCCAAGGGCUCCCUCACUAGAGCCCAGGUCACUGAUCGUUUGAGAGCUUUAAAAAACAAAAUGUAA